AUGGAUAUUCAGAGAAACAUCUCAGAGUUCAUUCUCCUUGGACUUUCUUACGACCAUAACAUACAAAUGUUUUGUUUUGCACUUUUCUUAUUCUGUUAUAUUGCAGUCUUGGUGGGAAAUAUUGUAAUUCUUGUCUCCAUUCUGCGCAGCCCUCUUUUUCACAAACCAAUGUACUAUUUCCUUAGCCACUUAUCUUCCAUGGACAUCUGCUACACCUCUAGUGUUACACCCAAAAUGAUUGGUGACCUCCUAGGAGGGACAAAAACCAUUUCCUAUGGUGAGUGCAUGCUCCAGGUCUUUACCUUGCAUUUCUUUGGGGGUAUUGAGAUCUUCAUUAUUACUGUCAUGGCAUUUGAUCGUUAUGUUGCCAUCUGCAAGCCUCUUCAUUACAUGAUCAUCAUGAACAGAGCAAAAUGCCAUCUUCUAGUCCUGGCUGCUUGGGUUGGUGGAGCUGUCCAUUCCUUUCCUCAAUUAUCUAUGACAAUCCAGUUACCUUUCUGUGGUCCUAAUGAGAUUGAUCACUAUUUUUGUGAUAUUUUUCCUUUGCUAAAAGUUGCUUGUACUGACACAUAUAUCACUGGUGUCCAUGUGGUUGCCAAUUCAGGCCUCGUCUCCUUGGUUACCUUCAUUGUGUUAUUUGUUUCCUAUGUCAUCAUAUUAUUCACCUUAAGAAAUCAUUCAGCUGAGGGAAGACGCAAAGCUCUCUCCACCUGUGCUUCUCAUGUCACUGUGGUUGUCUUAUUUUUUGGACCUUCAAUAUUUGUUUACUUGAGAUCUCCAACCACUUCCUCCAAGGACAAAUUUUUUGCUCUAUUUUACACCAUUGUUGCUCCUAUGUUCAAUCCUUUAAUCUAUACGUUAAGAAAUACUGAGAUAAAAAAUGUCAUGAGAAGAGUUUGGUAUAACAUGUUAUUUUCCAAGGAAUGA